ACACGUGAGUAAAAUGCAUGCAAAUAACAAAUAACAUUCAAUAGACAAAUUAUAGCAGACUGCUCGCAGGGAUGAAUGAACUGUAGAAUGAAAAUAAAUAUACCUACAAACAGGAAUAAUUUUUUAGUUUUAAAGUUGAUUUAUUUUAUUUUUUUGACAAAGAUCAUGACAGUUCCCGAGAAAGAAGCCAAUGGUACCGAUGUGGAAAAUGCAGCUCAGCAAAAAGAACAAGAAGUACAAAAAGAAAAGGAGCUCCUUAAAGCAAUGAGAAAAUCCAAAAGAAAGUUUCCUGGAUUUCGUAAGAACUUAUAUGAUUAUUUUCAAGAAUUCACUGGUAACACGGGUAUCCACGGAUUUAAGUAUAUGGGAGAACAGGAAAGGACCACAUGUGAAAGGUUCUGGUGGGUGAUACUUUUCUGUAUCUCACUUUAUGUAUGCGUGGAUUUGAUAAUAAAAACAUGGCUGAAGUGGGACCAGUCCCCAGUGCUGGUAAGCUUCGCUAGAAGUCCAACUCCAGUAUGGCAAGUUCCUUUUCCAGCAAUAACUAUAUGUUCCGAAACCAAAGCUCGACAAACAGUUUAUAAUUUUACACAGGCAUACAAUAGAUUUAUACAGUAUCCCGAAAAUAUGACAGCGGAAGAAAUGAAAAGGUUUUCUGAUAGCAGUUUAAUUUGCGAUAACCAUUUAUAUACAGAAGGAGAAAACGUUACAGAAUUUAAAACAAUUGAAUACCUAAUGAGUAUCGCUCCGCAGUUUGUUGAUUCAUUCUUCUCCUGUAAGUGGACCCUAUUAAAUGAGAGUUGUGAUAAUAUGUUUACUCCAAUGCUGACUGAAGACGGUUUAUGUUUUACAUUUAACAUGCUGGAUCGGACUGAGCUGUUAAGGGAAAAAGUGUAUUUACACGGGCAAUAUAUGACUCACGGAAGACACUCAGAAGGUUGGAGUUUGGAAGACGGAUAUCCAAAAACGGCCAAAAAAGAUACUUUUCCAAGACGAGCGAUGUCUGCUGGUCUUUCAGCUGGAUUAUAUUUGGUUCUAAAAGCUUACGAACCUGACCUAGAUUAUUUGUGUAGGGGUCCUGUUCAAGGAUUUAAGAUCCUACUUCAUCAUCCAGCGGAGGUUCCAAGGGUCCAGUUGCAAUAUUUUAGAGCUCCUCUAAACCACGAAGUGGUAGUUUCCCUCAAGCCUGAUAUGAUGACAACCUCAGAAGGUUUACGAGAGUACGAUCCGCACCGUAGACAGUGCUAUUUCCCAAGCGAGAGAUAUUUGACAUAUUAUAAAAGUUACACCCAACAAAAUUGCCAAGUUGAAUGUCUGACGAACUACACUUUGGCAAAAUGUGGUUGUAUUGCAUAUCAUAUGCCACAUGUUAAAGAUACGCCAAUAUGUGGUUCAGGUUCCCAAAAAUGUAUGUUUGAAGCACAAACGGAACUGUUAACACGAGAGGUUGAAUCUGGCAUAGAAAAUUUUGAAACAGAAACUAGAGAUGCAGUGAACGAUUGUGACUGUCUACCAGCCUGUACCUCGUUGACAUAUAAUGCUGAGUAUUCUCAAGCCAAAUACGAAUGGGAGAAACUAUUCCAAGCUUUCAGAGUCAACUUCAGUGAAUUUCCCGGUAUCCAGUUGACGAGGUUGACGGUGUUCUUCAAGGAGCAACAAUUUAUUACAUCAGAAAGAAACGAACUCUAUGGCCAGACGGACUUCCUUGCUAGCUGUGGAGGUAUUUUAGGCCUUUUUACUGGAUUUUCAUUUUUAUCGAUUGUGGAGAUUUUCUACUUCUUAACUCUGCGAUUAAUGUGCAACGUCAAACAUUAUGGACGACAUUAUUGGUCAGCAUCUCCUAGAUUGGUUAAUGAUCCAGCUUACGUGCAUCCCAAAAUUCCCAAAUAGAUAGUUCAUGUUGUACGGUAUUUAGUACCUUCACAAUUAACAUUGGUCACUCUUUGCUUUUCCUAUUUAGAUUUAGCACAAAUGUAGUAACUUAUAGAAAUAAAUAAAUUGAAGUUGUU